UUUUUUUUAGAUUCACCAAGCCCAGCUGAGACUGAGACAAUAGAGAGGAUCCGUCAGCUCUACAUAACGUGUCAACAGCGCCUUCUGCCCAUUCCUUGGCGCAAAGGAUUUAGUUUUCAUCUAAAUGAUAUUUUUACAAAAUUUAAGAUCGUGAGGAAAGAUAAAACCCGAGGGGUACCUUCUGCGGAUGGUAUAAGCGAUAUAACGGCUAUCUUUAAAGAGCACCCGAAAUGCCAAAGGCCUCGAACGGUACUGAUUGAAGGAGAUCCUGGGAUAGGAAAAUCCACGUUCUGUCAAAAGAUCGCGUAUGAUUGGGCAACUAAACAGGAGGAAUGGGACCCGUCUUUUCCAGAGAUUGAAGUUCUACUACUUCUGAGAUGUCAUGAAAUGAAAUAUGACAUCUGGGAAGCUAUUCGUAAUCAAAUUCUCUCUUCGUAUGUCGACGAUCGAACUAAGGAAUGUUUCUUCAGAUUUAUUCGUGAAAAUCAGACCAAGGUUCUGUUAGUACUUGAUGGAUUAGACGAAGCGAAUCCAAGGAACCUCGAAAUGAUUUUAAACCUCCUUAAAAGUAAAGACCUUCCAGGUUUUUACCUUGUUCUUUUUUCUCGUCACGAUGCUGGAGGGGAAUUUAGGAUGUAUUGUGACUCGCUGUUUGAAAUUAAAGGAUUUGCGAAGGAAGAUGCCAUCGGAUAUAUCCGUAAGUACUUCGAAAACAUCAACAAGGAACAUUUAGCUGAGAAGCUUAUAGAAACGAUAUGGCCAUCUAACCUCGAGUCAAAAUCUACAGACCUGUGCGCUUUGACAAACAGUCCAUUAAACACCACUUUACUCUGUGUUCUUUGUGAGGAUUAUGAAGGCGUUUUUCCAAAGAGCAGAACUCAAUUGUACAUUGACAUCGUCCGUUGUGUUUUAAGACUAUAUGACACGAAACGUGGCAUAUCGAGCACGCGUGAUGACCUGAUAAUCUUUUAUAAGGCCGAUUUAUCGCAGUUAGGAGCAAUGGCGUUUCAAUCUCUUCAAAAGGGAGAGUCGUAUAUCGAAGUGCUUGAAUCUGAUAGUGACUUCAUUGUCUUAUCUAAGUUUGGAUUUCUUUCUCUUCAGACUGAGGCAAGUAUGACAAAUGCUCAAGUGCGCUUCGCAUUUCUUCAUAAGAGCUUUCAAGACUUUUUUUCUGGAUUACAUCUUGCUUGGCAAAUUAUUGACACAGAUAUUGACUGUGACUCAGUUGUGACUGAUCAAAGGUACAAGAUUCAACUAGAUGAAACCUUUUCGUUUAUGACUGGGAUUUUAGCCUCAAUGAGUGAGGAUGACGCGGAGCGUUUGGUAGAAAGUAUGGCCAGAAAUAUCAAUUCAGCAAGCUGUCAGGCUGAUGAAGUCUUAUUUGCGUCAAAAUGUUUAUCGGAGAGCUCAAGGUUAGCCCGUGUUUUGGGGAAGCACCUCGAUUUAACUCAUUUGGAUUUUCGUGGCAAGGAAUUAAAGGAUUCUUAUACUGUCGCUUGUUUUUCCAUGGCACUUGCAGUCAACGCCUCUUUAACUAAUUUGAAUUUGGAAUCGACUGGGAUUGGAAAUUCUGGUGCUGCUUUUAUUUCCCAAGUCCUUAAGGACAAUUCCUCCUUAACUGAUUUGAAUUUGAACGAGAACGGCAUUGAUGCCUCUGGUGCUGCUUCUCUUGCGGAGGCUCUUGAAGGCAAUUCCUCCUUAGCUAUUUUGGAUUUGCGUUGGAACUCCUUUAGAACUUCUGGUGCUGUGGUUCUUUCGAGGGCUCUGGAAGCCAAUUCCUCCUUAACGUUCUUGGAUUUGAGUUACAACCUAAUUGGAAGUACUGGCGUGGCUUCUCUUUCCCAAGCUCUCAAAGCUAACUCUUCCUUAACUAAUUUGAAUUUGAGUUCUAACGACAUCGGUGCUUCUGGUGCUACUUCUCUUUCACAGGCUCUCGCAACCAACUCCUCAUUAACUCAUUUGGAUUUGAGUUGUAACGAAAUUGGUGCUUCUGGUGCUACUUCAAUUUCACAGGCUCUCGCAACCAACUCCUCAUUAACUCAUUUGGAUUUGAGUUCCAACAAUAUUUGUGAUUAUGGUGCUGCUUCACUUUCCGAAUACCUCGUGGCCAACUUCUCCUUGGCCUCUUUAAAUUUGAGGUGUAACAGGAUUGGUGCUUUCGGUGCUGGUUUUCUUUCUCAGUGUUUGAAGGCCAACUCCUCCUUAACUUCUUUAGAUUUGCAAUCGAACGCCAUUGGGGAUUAUGGUGCAGCCUUACUCUCCAACGCUGUUGCAGUCAACUCUUCGUUAACUUAUUUGAAUUUGCACUCAAACAGGAUAAGUGAUUCUGGUGCCACUUCUCUUGCCAAAGCUCUUCAAGCCAACUUCUCAUCUUCACUGACUGAUCUGGAUUUGGAUUGCAACCUGAUUGGUUUUUCUGUUUCUGGUUCCGUU